AUGGCUUCUAUUUCUCUUCUUAAUCCUAAAGCAGAGUUUGCAAAGGCUCAACAUGCAUUCAGUAUUAAUUUGGCAGCUGCUAGAGGGCUCUACGAUGUUUUGAAAACUAACCUUGGUCCUAAAGGGACCAUGAAAAUGCUCGUUUCUGGUUCAGGCGACAUCAAGAUUACCAAGGACGGCAAUGUUUUGCUUCAUGAGAUGCAAAUACAGCAUCCCACUGCAAGUCUUAUUGCUCGUGUAGCGACUGCUCAAGAUGAUAUGACAGGUGAUGGCACAACGUCGAAUGUUCUUCUGAUUGCUGAGUUACUGAAACAGGCAGAUGUUCACACUUCUGAAGGACUUCAUCCACGUCUCAUUACAGAAGGGUUCGAUAUCGCUCGAAAUAAAUGCUUAGAAAUACUCUCCAAGUGUCGGAUAGACUGUCCAUCAGAGAUGCCAGACAGGAGUACACUCAUGUCCGUCGCGGCAACAUCCCUUAGUACAAAAGUUCAUUCUGAUUUAGCUAACCUUUUAACUGAGCAUGUUGUAGAUGCUGUGUUAUCAAUUCGGCGGCCAAAUGAACCUUUAGACUUGCAUCGGGUAGAACUAAUGCAGAUGCAACAUAAAACCGAUAUGGACACAACACUUGUAAAAGGGCUGGUGUUAGAUCAUGGGGGCAGACAUCCAGAUAUGCCUAAGCGCGUAACUAAUGCAUUUAUUCUGACUUGUAACGUCUCAUUCGAGUACGAAAAAACUGAGGUCAAUUCCGGAUUCUUUUAUAAAACAGCAGAAGAGAGAGCAGCUCUUGUGAAGUCUGAAAGAGAGUUUAUUGAGGCAAGAGUUCAGAAAGUGAUAGCUUUAAAAAGAAAAGUGUGUGGUGAAGUUCGUGGUGAUGGUGACAAACCUGGAUUCGUAAUCAUUAAUCAAAAAGGGAUUGAUCCAUUCUCGUUAGAUGCCUUUGCUCGAGAAGGAAUACUUGCUCUUCGUCGCGCUAAGAAACGCAAUAUGGAAAGGGUAACUCUUGCCUGUGGUGGAUAUGCCUUGAACUCAGUCGACGAGAUGUCACCUGAUUGCCUCGGACAUGCGGGCGUGGUAUAUGAAUUUGUCCUAGGCGAAGAAAAAUACACAUUUAUCGAGGAAUGUAAAAAUCCACAGUCUGUAACUUUGCUAAUGCGUGGGCCAAAUAAGCACACACUGAACCAGAUCAAAGACGCCGUUAAUGACGGGCUGCGCGCCAUAAAAAAUACAUUAGAAGAUGAGUGCGUCAUUCCAGGAGCAGGAGCGUUUGAAUUAGUUGCUUACCGCGAACUGUGCAAGUUUGCACAGUCUGUUAAGGGUCGCGCUCGUCUCGGCGUUCAGGCAUUUGCGGAUGCGUUGCUUGUUAUUCCGAAAGUCCUAGCCAGAAAUGCAGGUCAUGACGCUCAGGAAACAAUGGUGAAAUUGCUUGAAGAAGCGACUAAGGUGGAUAGUCGUUGCAACGGUAUUUCCCCCACACAGCUUGUAGGAAUUGAUCUUACUACGGGGGAAGCAAUGAUCCCUGCUCAGGUUGGAGUUUAUGACAACUUCAUUGUGAAGAAGCAAAUAAUUAAUUCAUGGUUCACUCCAUUUAGCAGGCAUGAUUAUUUCGAUACACUAACACUCCCCCUAAGUGAUUACAAAUAUGGUAGAUUCCCAUCAAAUUUCAUAGUUUGUGAGCGGUUCACUGGAUGGUGUUCAGGGAGAUUCACUUCCAAAGUAGUUGUAUGAUGGGACGUUUUAUAAUUUUUAGAAAAUGUCAAUUGGAUUAAUAAUAUACCGGUUUAAAGU